AUGGCACAAUUCCAUUUUCUCCAGGGCAACAUCAACCACUGUGCCAGAGCUCAGGAUCUCCUACUCCAGAGCAUGGCAGAGUGGUCGAUUCACGUGGCUGUGGUCGCCGAACCGUACUUCAUUCCAACCCGUGACAACUGGUUGGGAUGCGCUGACGGUUUGGUGGCCAUUAUUGGCGAGACUCUGAUCGACCCGUCUCGGGGCCGCGGCUGGGUUGCUGCGGUCUCGGGCGGCAUCGUUAUUGUAGGGGUGUAUUUCUCCCCCAACAAGAGUCUCGCCGACUUUGAGGGUUUCCUUGUCGAGUUGGGCGCCGUCGUAGGCCGUUAUCACCCUCGUCCCGUUCUGGUGCUCGGGGAUCUCAACGCCAAGUCAUCGGCGUGGGGAUCUCCGGUCACUGACCCUCGGGGUGAGGUGCUAGAAGAGUGGACGGUGACGACUGGUCUGGUCGUCCUGAAUCGGGGUUCGGAAUACACGUGCGUGCGGCAGCGGGGUGGGUCGAUAGUGGACGUCUCGUUUGCUAGCCCCUCUGUCGCCAGCCGAGUCCGCGACUGGCGUGUCGCCGUAGAGGUGGAGACACUGUCGGACCAUCGAUAUAUCCGGUUCGACGUCUCUGCCCAGACUGCGAGCGGCCGCCAUCCAACAACCCCGAUUAACGACGGCCCGCGUUGGGCGCUUAAGCGCAUCGACAGGGAACUACUCGAGGAAGCUGCCCUAGUUCAGUCCUGGAUCUGGGAGUCGACGACGGACGGCCCCGUCGACGUCGAAGCGGUGGCGUUAUGGUUUCGCGGGGCGAUGACGCAGAUCUGCGACGCGUCAAUGCCCCGUGUCCGCCAACGGUCCGCAAAGCGCCAGGUGUACUGGUGGACCGCCGAGAUCGCGCAAUUGCGCAUAGCGUGCGUUGCGGCUCGUCGCCGGUACACCCGAUACCGGAGGCGGCGUCGACGGGAUUCCGCCGAGGAGGACGCGCUGUAUGAGGUGUACCGCGCGUCUAAGGAGACUCUGAGGCUGGCCAUCGGCGACUCAAAGUCGCGUGCCAGGGAGGAGCUGCUGGGGUCCCUAGAUCGGGAUCCGUGGGGGCGCCCCUACCGUUGGAUUCGGGGCAAGUUGCGUCCCUGGGCGCCUCCACUAACACAAAGGAUGCAACCCCAGUUGCUAGAGUCGGUGUUAUCGACUCUCUUCCCUUAG